GGAUUGCUGGUUACCCGGAUGAACCCUGGCCGCCAUCUUUAGUCCAGUACUGCCGGCUGUGAGUUGGGACGCGGCUCGAGAUUGUGCCGCGAGAGAGAGCGAGCGAGCAAAAAAAAAGAGAGAGAGAGAGCGCGCGCGUGUGCGAGUGAGUGAGCGAGCGCGAGACUCACCCUCAACCUCAACCGAUCCGCUUCUAUCCGCCCGCAGAACACCGCCAGCCCGCGUCAGAGCACCAUGGAAGAGCGAGAGGACCUCGUCUAUCAGGCCAAGCUCGCCGAGCAGGCUGAAAGAUAUGACGAAAUGGUGGAAUCUAUGAAGACGGUCGCAGGGAAGGAUGUUGAGUUGACGGUGGAGGAGAGGAACCUGCUUUCUGUUGCAUAUAAAAAUGUGAUCGGUGCCAGGAGAGCGUCAUGGAGGAUAAUCAGCAGUAUUGAACAGAAAGAAGAGAACAAGGGAGGAGAAGACAAAUUAAAAAUGAUCCGUGAAUAUAGGCAAACGGUUGAGACUGAGCUGAAGUCAAUCUGUAAUGAUAUUCUGGAUGUACUGGACAAGCAUCUCAUUCCAGCUGCCAACACUGGAGAGUCCAAGGUUUUCUACUACAAAAUGAAAGGAGAUUAUCACAGAUAUCUGGCAGAAUUUGCCACAGGGAAUGAUCGGAAGGAGGCUGCAGAGAACAGCUUGGUUGCUUACAAAGCUGCUAGUGAUAUAGCAAUGACAGAACUUCCCCCAACGCACCCCAUCCGUUUAGGACUUGCCCUGAACUUCUCUGUAUUCUAUUAUGAAAUUCUUAAUUCCCCUGAUCGUGCAUGCAGGCUGGCAAAGGCAGCUUUUGAUGAUGCCAUUGCGGAACUAGACACACUGAGUGAAGAAAGCUACAAGGACUCUACACUCAUCAUGCAGUUAUUACGUGAUAACCUGACACUAUGGACUUCAGACAUGCAAGGCGAUGGUGAAGAACAAAGCAAAGAAGCAUUGCAGGAUGUGGAAGAUGAAAACCAGUGAGAUGCCACAGCCAAUGAAAUCCAUUUCUCCCCUUUAAAGCCACCUUCUUCACGACUCCCUAACGUUGCACUGAGAAUCGCCAAAUUCGACUUAACGCUGGUUCUCAGUUAGGUCUGUGCCCACUUGGGCCUAAUAGGGUUGCUUUUUCUUUUUUUAUUAUUUUAUUUGAAAAUUUUACCCAGUUUUUUUUUUUUUUUUUUUUUUUCCUUUAUUCUUUUUUGAAAGGAAAAGCUGGAGUGUCUGUGGAUUUUUUUUCUCUGGUACAAGCUGUCUUGAUGUUAUUAGUUGAAAUACACUUGGUUUGCUUCAUGGUUUUUUCCAGCAUUUUAUCUCUUUCUUGGAUGUAGGUCUUUUUAAUAAAUAUUAAAAAGCAUUUAUUACCAAAACAUCUAUUGUAACUAGAUGUGGGAAUUGUAACAUUUCUGUGUUAGUGAAAACAUCAAUGGCAGAUUAGUAAAGGCCUGUGAGUCUGAAAAGUGCCCUUUGUUGUUACUUCUGUUACAGUCUUUCAAAGGAAGUUGGCAGAAUGUUGAAUAUCCAUGUGGAGCAAAAUACUUAACUUUUACAACUUAGUGGUUAUUGUAAUGUUUUGUAGUGUUAUGGACUGUAUUUUAUGUGCUAAAAUACUGUAUGCGCACAGUCUUGCUGAUUUCAGAGGAUGGCUGGUAGCAGUUUUAAAAAUCCAAAGGAUCCCUCUCCUGCUUUGUUUCCUUCAACACACCUGUCCCACCAUUCCCAAUUCCCACCCCAUAGCAGGUCCAUAUUGGCCAUGGUUUCCAAGCCUGCCUGCGUGCGUGCGUGCGUGUGAUAAUUCAGUUUGUAUUUUUCUUCCUUUAUCCCCCACUUUCUCUGUUUCUCUCUUUCUUUCUCUCUCUCUCUCUCUCUCGUUCAGUACGUGUAACUUGAAGCUAAUUUGUACUACUGGAUAUCUGACUGGAGCCACCGAUACAGAAUCUGUAUUGUUCUUACUGAAACACAGCAUGGAAUUAACAUUAAACUUAAAAUAAAACAACCUAAAUUAAACAACA